CAUCGCUGGGGAGCCACCUGUGACAUCAAGAUCAAGAUUGAUGUAAACAAAUAAAUUCAAACGAGGAGGAAGCCGAAACAUUGCAGAAGAGGAGGAAGAACGCCAAAGUUUUCUUAUUGUUUACCUUUGUUUGCCUCUUCGACGCUCUGUAGCCCCGUCCAGAAGAUUACUGCUGCCACCAUGGAGAGGGAGAACAAGGACAAGCAUAUCCAGGAGAUGAACAACACCGUCAUCUCCGUCAGGAACAGACUGCGAAACAACACCAGCAUCAGCUCACUCCGAGAGAGGACCGCCAGACUGGCCGACGAGAAGUCCUCAAUCAAAAGGAUACAAGAGGAACUGCAGGAAAGCAUAAGAGAACUGUUGAGCUUGGCCAAGGCAGAGGCCAGUAGUUUGCAGUCAAUGAGCUCACAGUCUGUGGAUUCAGAGAAGAAGAACUUGACCUCCGAGCUCACUAAAAUUGAGAAGCAAAAGGAGGAGCUGGAGAGGGAGCUUGCGGGCGUUGGCAGAACCAUCACCCACAAGAAGGAGGUGCUCGAGAACCUGCAGAACCAGGCCGCCUCUUCCCAACAGGAGACAUCCACUUGCUUGUCAAAAAUCAGGGCAAGCUACGCACUCUACACCAAGCUCUCAAACAUCAAGUGGGACCACAACGCACCUGAGGGCAUCAUCAAGGGCUUUGUCAUGAAGCCGGAGGAGAGCCGAGUGAUCCCCUACAAGUUUGAGAAGGGGUCACACUCCCAGUUCUUCAUCACAAACUACAUCUGGGAGCAAAUCAACGCGGGCCAAGAUGAUCUCCUGGAGGAAGCCACACCAUCAGCCUGAACACACUAGUUGUAAACCCUAAUAUUAAUGUACUAGACUCGAUAUAUAUGGUAUUCAUUACGGGACUUUUACACUGUGUUAUGGCAGUUUCCCUAAUGUGGAUUAGUGUUAUUUUUCUAUAUACAUAAAGGUCUGAAAGUUUA